AAAUAUUUCUUUUUUAGAAAAUUUAAUUGUUUAUCAAAUAAAUAUCUUUAAAAUGAUUUUCUUUUUAAAUAAAAAUAUUUUUUUAUGCUUAAUAAAUAGAUUUCUUAAAUUAUUUACUUAGUUAGUAGUUAGUUAAUUAACUAGGUAGAUAACAAACACACUAAAAAAUUCAUUUUUCAUAUCUAAAUAAACUCUAAUGAUCUGAAAUACUUCAAAAACAAAAAGGAAUAAGUUAAAUUUUAAGUGCGAUUUUUUAAAGAAAUUUAUUAUUUGUAAAACACGGAAACGACCUAAAAAUGUUGGCUAGAAAAAAAUAAAUAACAUUUGGCUAUAAGGGUAUGGAAAAAACCAAAAGAAUCAAGAAUUCAAAACCUAGAAGGUUGUAUUCUGUCUUUGUAUAGAACAAAAUAGAAAAAUAAAAAAUAAAGGUAAAUUUUUUGGGUUCGUUUAUAGAUUUCCUUUUUAGCUACCAAAUAUACAUGCUUGUAAAACUAAAUGGAGAUAAUCAAAAAAAAAAACAAUCAAACACAUAAAGUAGUUUAGCUGAAUAAAAUGAGAAGAAGAUAAACGAUUGAUUAAAUGAAUAAAUAAAUGGAUCAAUCAAAAAAAAGCAAGCAUUUUAAUUUAAAGAAAAAAUAAGAAUAUUAUGGAAGGAAUUAAAAUAGCGUGAGUGAAUAAAUCAAUAUAAAUAAUUAUUAGAAAGAUCUUGAAAAAGAAAGUAAAUCUAACUAAAAAUAAACAAAUCAAUUAACCAAACAUCAUCAAACAAACUAUAGAUUAAAAAUGCAAGGAAAUAGAAAGCCCUUAAUCGGUCAAAAGAAGUCCAAGUUAGCAUAAUUAUUUGAUAAGAUUUUACCUAAGAGUGUUGAAGGAAAAAAGAAGAGAAUAUAGUAAAUUAGAGACGUCUCCAUCUUCGCCGUCUCUAUCGGAUUAUUCGUAGCUUUUGAAAAAUAAAUUAGAGAACAUUUAAAUAUUGACUACGAAGAACUUCAAAAGGCCUUCGCUAAUCCCCCCUAAUGA